UGGUGGGCAGAAGUGCAUCUUUCUGAGUCCUUGACAACAAGCCAGGCCUGAGUCACACUGUGCUGCUGGCUCACUUCCUCCUUUUGACUCUACUCAUCUCCGUACUGCAGCCAAGGGAGGCCCACCGUGGUUUUGGCUGCUGCUUGUGGCUUGGGCGACAUGAGCUCAGGGGCCAGGAGCUGUAGUCCUGCCCCAACCCUGCUGGGCCUCUGUCCUCCCCCAAGUGUGAGUCUGGCUCAGGUUAAUUAUAACUGACCUAAGUCCCCUGUGACACCACACCAGGCAGCCCUGCAGUCGUGCCUAGAGACCCAGCUACCAGAUAGCGGGGACUUCCUGUGCAUGGAGGGUGUCAGACUGAGUGGGGAGGAGUACCCUGGGGGAGGAGUCUUAGACCCCUCCUGCAGCUAUAUGUCCCUAUUGGCCUGAUAAGGCCCUCAGAUUGGGUGACUGGGGAAAGGGCAGGAAGCUGGACUGGAUCAGGUGAGGUGCUUGAGGCAAAGCAAAAGGAACCCAGGCAGGUGUCCAUGAGACACGGCCUGCCCUGGGAUCACCAUUCUUUCCUUGAGAGCCUUCUGUCCCCCAGGUCCGUGUCUCAGCUAUGAUCCCCAGUGACAUGCCCCUAUCCCACCUGGGCCCCACAGUGCUACUGCUGCUGUUACCCUCUGCAUCUGCCUUCUUUCCCAACAUCUGGAGCCUCCUGGCUGUCCCUAGCUCCAUCACCCACCAGGACCAUAGCGAGGAGGCGGCUCUCAAUGUCACUCUGCAGCUUUUCCUGGAGCAGACGCCCCCAGGUCACCCCUCCCUUCAUCUUAAGGACUUCUUGGGUCACACCCUUCCCGCGGAUGACCUCUUUGCCUACUUUGGACCUGGAUCUCCUUCCUGGUGGUUCCGAGCAGCCUUAGAUGAGGUGUCUCGUGCCAAUGAAGCCCAGGACUUUUUGCCAAAUGACUUGCAGUUUGAUGCUUAGAGGCCAGGCCAGGGACAUAUACUCCUGGUAGGGGCUCUGCAGGAAACCUUGGUGGCGGCCAGAGCCUUUGACCACACCCUGGCUUGCCAGCACUUCAGGGCUGCACUUCAUGCUUUGCAGGAUUUCUACAGUCACAGCAACUGGGUGGAACUGGGAAAGCAGCAACCACACUCUCAUCUCCUCUGGCCAAAGCAAGAACUCAGAAGACUGGCACAAAUGGAAAUUCCUGCCUGCUCUGAUUGUGAGUUGAGCUGCCCCAGUAAUUUGCUGAGCUUUACAGUCCUCACCUCUGGCUACUUUGGAACUCAUCCCUCCAAGCCCCCAGGGAAAUGUAACCAUGGGGGUUUUGACCAGAGCAGCUCCCAGCCACCACAGGGAGGCAUCAACAAGCAUAGUACAUCCCCAGGCUUCUCCUCCCACCACAUGCUGCACCUCUAGGCUGCAAAACUGGCCCUUCUGGCCUCUCAGGCCUUCAGCCUCCUGCAAAGCUGCCUGGGAGACAGAGAUCUCUCCAGGCUGCUGGACAUCACCCCAGCCUCCAGCCUGAGCUUCAUCAUGGACACCAUGGGUAGUAUGGGUGAGAAGAUCAACACUGCAAAAAUCUAGGCUCGCCACAUUGUGCAAUAGCGACGGGGCAGCCCCAUGGAGCCCAUCCACUAUGUCCUGGUGCCUUUCCAUGACCCAGGGUUUGGGCUCAUCUUUACAACCAGUGACCCUGACAGCUUCUGGCAACAAUUCAAUAAGAUCCAUACCUUGGGAGGUGGAGAUGAGCCUGAGAUGUACCUGUCAGCCCUGGAGUCCUUUCCCCCCGUAUUUCUGGCCCUGCUGCACACACCUCCACUCCCAGACAUCUUCGUCUUCACUGAUGCCUCCCCCAAGGAUGCCUUUCACACCAACCAGGUGGAAUCCCUGACUCGGGAGCAGCGCUGCAGAGUAACAUUCCUGGUGACAUCAAAGGGUCAGGGCUGAGCUUAGCGUGAGGUCUUGUCCCAUUUGCGUUUUGAGCCAUAUGAAGUGGUGGUCCUAGCCUCAGGAGGAGAGGUGAUCUUCACCAAAGAUCAGCACAUUUGAGAUGUGGCGGAUAUUAUUGGGGACAGCAUAGCUGACCUGGUGCUCCUUCCCCUGGAACCUCCUGUUGUGGUGCCUGGGAAGCCACUUGUAUUCAAUGUGGAUGGACUGCUCCAGAGAGUCACAAUCCAGAUCCACAGGGAGGUCAGCAGCUCCCAGAUCAGGAACCCUGAAGGGGUCUCCCAGGGCCAGGAGGCAGGCCAGGGGCCUCUAGGUCACACUCGCUGCUUUGGGUAGUUCUGGAUGGUGACAAUGAAUGACCCCCCAUAGACAGGGACCUGAGAGAUCCAGGUCACAGCCAAGGGCAACCCCCAGGUGAGAGUGCAAGCCCAGAUCUCCCUGGACUUCCUCUUCUACUUUGGGUCUCCCAUGAAGGAUGGCCUCCACCUUGGCCUCUAUCCCCUGACUCAGCCAGUUUCAGGUCUCCAGACCCAGCUUCUGGUAGAAGUGACAGCGCUAGGCUCCAGAGGUAACCCUCGAGAUCCUCUGCUGCAUUUCUCCUACGUCGUCUUUGGAGGGUUCCCGGAGGGUGCCGAGCUGGACCGGGUGCCUUUGGAGCUCAAGGGACCCCGGGAGCGAGGCCUCCUCGCUGCCGCGCUUCCGUCCACGCUUCUGUCCGCUGUCGGACCCUUCUCUCUGGAACUGAUUGGCCAGCACGGAGAGGGAUUGAGGCUACACCAGGCGGCCCUCCAGACCUGCAUUGUGGUCCCUGUCUUUCUGGAGGUGAGACGCUAUGGGAAGCUUCGCUCUCACCCCAACCUCUCCAGAUUCUGCUACCCCCCACCCCAGCACUUGGUCGGUCCCUUGAAUCUCAGCUCUUCGGAGCCUGGAACUUCAGCCAGAUCUCUGUACCCACUGGACAGGGUUCGCCUGAAACAGAAUGAGUCUGCCUGGGGGCGCCUAUGGCUGGAGGUCCCAGACUCAGCCAUCCCAGACUCCGCGGUGAUGGUGACUGUGACUGCGACCGCGAUGGGUCGAGAAGCCAGCUCAAUGCCACCUACCCACGCCUUCCUCCGGCUCCUAGUGCUGGCCUGGCCCCACAGUCUCUCUUCUCCCCAAGACCAGCUUGUUGUCCUUGCCCAUUCAUUUGGCCCCGUUUUCACCACAGCCAGCCCCGCCUUUCUUCCCUCCUCUUCCGUGACUCCCGCAGGGAUUGGGGAAGGGCUGGCAGGCAAACCUUGGUGGGGCACAGUUGAAGGUGUGCUGUUCCUCCUAGGCCUGGCCUUCUGGUGA